UGUACAGGGAGAAGCGGAGAGAGAGUAAAUCUGGAUAGAGGGAAAAGCUGCCAUUAGGUUUAUUGGCUGCAUUAGAACAAAUUAGAGAGAGAGAGAGAGAGCUGCCAUUAAUGCUGUACCCUUCCAGCCUGCAAAGUUGUUGAAUGGUUUCAACCACCAGGAAAAUGGCUCCAUUUUUAAUCCCCACCCCACGUCCACAAUAGCCCCUUAAAUUCCCCAUCCAACCUUCUCCCCCUCUAGAAACAAGCACAUCAUUGUUCUUCACCUGCAAAUUCCGAGUUGCUCUUCUUAAUCGUUCUCAUCUUUGCGUACAUAAUUUUCAGAGCUUGAAUGCUCUGAUAUGUAGGCAGUGUCCCCUGGUUUUGGAUGAAUCAGGGUUUAGGAUCUGGGAAAUAGGGCCUAGUGGUCAGAGAGCUACUGUAUUUUUGGGAGAGCUUUAUUUUUUCAGUAAUUUCCACUGUGGUGUUUAUUUAUUUAUUAUUAUUUUUUCAUAUAUAUUACCUCUUGUUGAUUUCAGAGCUUCUUGUUUUCGGGCGAGUGUGUUGAUUUUUGUGUGUCUAAGUCAUGCAUUAUCACUUGAUAAAUCUAUUUGGAAUGUAUUGCAUUUUAUGAUGAACUAGGAUUAAGUGGUUGUAAAUAUUUCAAUUUUUCCGCCUGAAUUUUCAAGCUAUUUUAGCUGCAUUUAUAGUAGUUACAGUUUUCAUUUAUAGUAGUUACAGUUUUCGCAUACUCUAGUGUGGAUGCAUUUGCUGUUUUGGAUGUACUUGUGUUCGGGCUGUGGAUUUGAGUCUUUGGUAAUGAGCUUAUCUGGUUCUUUGCUUCUCAGAGUUUCAUCUAUGUUUUCAAUUACAGUGGGUUUUCUCAUGAGAUAGCUUUUGGCUCCUAGUCUCUGGUUGUCAUACUCAAAUUUUAAACAUCUAUGUGUACUGGAAAAAUCCCAGAGUUUGUGGGUAAAUUAGUGUUCGGUGUUUGAAGCAAUGGCUAAGCAGCUACAUGUUUUGAGUUGUGCAUUAGCUUGUUUUGGCACAAAAGCUCAGAGACUGAAGUUUUUAUCCAUUCCCCAUUAAUGUUUCUAAGUUUUUAGGGUCAAAUUAGUGCUUGGCAUUUGGGAAUUUCGAAUUACAUUUUUUAUGACUCAUUAUCUGCAUAAUAAUUCUCGAGUUCUAUUCAAGUUAUGUGAAUUUUUAAUUUUUGAAAUGAAUUCAGGUUCUUCAUCUUAAAAUCGGCUGGUUUAAAGGGCCAUAUUCUGCAGUAAUGAUUUUAGUGUUUGGAAUCAGGGAAUUUAGAUUCUAGGUUUUUUGGCACUGGGGGUCUGGGAUGGAGAUUGGUGGGAAUUAUGCUUCUGGUUUAUGGAAUUCCUCUGAUAAUGUUUUUGAGAGAAUGAACUCUUUUCGAGAAGAUGAUGAUGAGCAAGCUUUGAAGUGGGCAGCACUCGAGAGAUUGCCCACUUAUGCUCGGGUACGAAGGGGUCUUUUCAAAAACAUUGUUGGGGAGCACAGUGAGAUCGAUGUAGCAAGUCUAGGGUAUCAGGAUCGACAGCUGGUUCUCGAUAGGCUCUUUAGCAUAUUGGAUAAGGAUUCUGAGCGGUUCCUUGCACAAAUGCGAAGUCGAUUCGAUAGAGUUGGGUUGGAAUUUCCAAAAAUCGAGGUUCGGUUUCAGCAGCUAAAAGUAGAUGCAUUUGUCCAUGUAGGAAGUAGAGCUCUACCUACUAUUCCCAACUUCAUUUUUAACAUGACCGAGGUAGGAAAGAGUGGCUUUUUUCGAAUACAAAGAAUUUGGAAUUUUUGUGCUUCUGUGAAUUUUUUCUUCUCUUUGAUUUAUGGAACAUUUUCUCGCAAGGCCUUCUUAAGGCAAUUCCGGGUUUUCCCAAGCAGAAAAAAGCGACUCUCAGUACUGGACAGCCUCAGUGGGAUCAUUAGACCUUCCAGAUUGACAUUGCUUUUGGGUCCUCCAAGCUCCGGGAAAACAACAUUGCUCUUGGCUCUCGCUGGAAGGCUUGGAUCAGAUUUGCAGGUGUCAGGCAGUAUAACAUAUAACGGACACAAGCUGAGCGAGUUUGUGCCUCAGAGAACAUCAGCAUAUGUGAGUCAGCAGGAAGCGCAUGUGGGGGAGAUGACAGUGAGAGAAAUUUUAGAAUUUUCAGGACGUUGCCAAGGUGUUGGAAUAAAAUAUGAUAUGCUCUUGGAACUGGCAAGAAGGGAAAAGAGUGCUGGAGUCAAGCCCGAUGAAGACCUUGAUCUUCUUAUGAAGGCAUUGGCUUUGGAGGGUCAAGAAACUAGCCUCGUGACAGAAUACAUAAUGAAGAUGUUGGGACUAAACAUAUGUGCUGAUACUUUGGUGGGAGAUGAAAUGAUUAAAGGGAUAUCUGGGGGUCAAAAGAAACGUCUUACUACGGGUGAAUUACUAGUUGGCCCAGCUCGAGUGUUGUUCAUGGAUGAGAUAUCAACUGGUCUUGAUAGUUCAACCACAUACCAAAUAAUUAGAUAUCUGAGGCAUUCGGUCCAUGCACUAGAUGGCACUACUGUAAUAUCCCUUUUGCAACCAGCACCAGAAACUUACGAAUUGUUUGAUGAUGUCAUACUCCUUUCUGAAGGUCAGAUUGUUUAUCAAGGACCUCGCGAAUAUGUCCUUAGCUUCUUUGAGUUAAUGGGAUUUCGCUGUCCAGAGAGGAAAAAUGUGGCUGACUUCUUGCAAGAAGUUACUUCAAAGAAGGAUCAGCAGCAGUACUGGUCUUCACAUCAUCCUUACCAAUAUGUACCUGUGGUAAAGUUUGUGGAAGCUUUUCGCUCAUUUUCUGUUGGGAGGCAUUUGUCUGAGGAGCUAGCUGUUCCAUAUGACAAACGAAAUAAUCAUCCAGCAGCCCUGUCAACUUCUAACUAUGGGGUCAGAAAAUCUGUGCUUCUCAAGGCCAGUUUUUACUGGCAGAUGCUAUUGAUGAAGAGGAAUUCAUUCAUAUACGUCUUCAAGUUUAUUCAGCUGUUUUUUGUUGCUGUGAUCUCAAUGACUGUGUUCUUCCGAACAAGGAUGCAUCAUAACACAGUGGAUGAUGGUGGGGUUUAUCUUGGAGCAUUGUACUUUGGCAUACUGAUGAUUUUAUUUAAUGGGUUUACGGAGGUCCCUAUGCUGAUAGCCAAGCUUCCUGUGAUUUAUAAGCAUAGAGAUUUGCACUUCUACCCUUGUUGGGUUUACACGCUUCCCUCCUGGCUCCUGAGCAUUCCAACCUCCCUCAUGGAGUCUGGUAUGUGGGUGGCAGUCACAUACUACGUGAUUGGCUUUGACCCUGAAAUAUCAAGAUUCUUUCGACAGUUUCUGUUAUAUUUCUUUUUGCACCAGAUGUCUAUAAGUCUUUUCCGACUGAUGGCAUCCUUGGGUCGAAAUAUGAUAGUUGCCAACACAUUUGGGUCAUUUGCUAUGUUAGUUGUCAUGGUUCUUGGAGGAUAUAUAAUUUCUAGAGAUAACAUCAGAAGCUGGUGGAUGUGGGGGUACUGGUUUUCACCUUUGAUGUAUGCUCAGAAUGCAGCUUCUGCAAAUGAGUUUCUUGGAAACUCAUGGCAUAAGAAAGCCACCCACCACAGUAAUGAGUCAUUAGGUAUAUUACUUAUCAAAACACGUGGACUAUUCCCCGAGGAAUACUGGUAUUGGAUUGGUGCUGGGGCCCUGCUCGGUUAUUCAAUCCUAUUCAACCUGCUGUUCACUUUUUUCCUGACAUAUCUUAAUCCUCUCGGGAAGCAACAGGCAGUGCUAUCAAAAGAAGAGCUUAAGCAGAGGAAUGACAGGAAGAAAGGAGGUCAGCUUCAGUUAAGUGAUUACUUGCGUUCAAGAACUAUAAAAGGAACAAUAGGAACUGAAAGAAGAGGAAUGGUCCUUCCUUUUCAUCCGUUGUCUAUGUGCUUCAGCAACAUUAGUUACUAUGUUGAUGUUCCCGUGGAACUGAAACAACAAGGUGUCUUAGAGGACCGGUUGCAGUUGUUGGUUGAUGUUACUGGAGCAUUCAGACCAGGUAUUCUUACUGCAUUGGUUGGCGUGAGUGGUGCUGGUAAAACCACCCUCAUGGAUGUUCUUUCCGGGAGAAAAACUGGUGGGCACAUAGAAGGGACCAUAAGUAUAUCCGGCUACCCGAAAAGGCAGGAAACCUUUGCAAGAAUAUCUGGCUAUUGUGAGCAGAAUGACAUCCAUUCUCCUUGUCUGACCGUCCAUGAAUCUCUCAUCUAUUCUGCAUGGCUUCGAUUACCUUCUCAUGUUGAUUUGGAAACUCAGAGGACUUUUGUGGAUGAGGUGAUGGAGCUUGUGGAACUUACCCCUCUAAGUGGAGCUCUUGUUGGUCUACCGGGAAUAGAUGGCUUGUCAACAGAGCAGCGUAAAAGGUUGACCAUUGCUGUGGAGCUUGUCGCGAACCCAUCCAUUGUUUUCAUGGAUGAACCCACUUCAGGAUUGGAUGCCAGAGCAGCAGCCAUUGUCAUGAGAACUGUGAGAAAUAUUGUGAACACUGGAAGGACAAUUGUGUGCACCAUUCAUCAGCCAAGCAUCGACAUCUUCGAAUCAUUUGAUGAGCUUUUGUUUAUGAAGCGUGGAGGGCAGUUAAUUUAUGCUGGUCCCCUCGGCCUACAUUCUCAGAAGCUGAUUGAGUUUUUUGAGGCAGUUGAAGGAGUGCCAAAAAUCAAAGAGGGUUAUAACCCCGCAGCAUGGAUGCUAGAUGUCACUUCCUCUUCUGAGGAAAGUCGCCUUGGUGUUGACUUUGCUGAAAUCUACAAAUCGUCAACGUUGUACCAGCAGAACAGGGAGAUGGUUGAAAAUCUGAGAAGGCCAAAUUGUGACUCGAAAGAGCUAAGCUUCCCUACCAAAUAUUCUCAGCCCUUCUCCGUCCAAUUUGUGGCCUGUCUCUGGAAGCAGCACUGGUCCUAUUGGAGAAACCCUCAAUACACUGCAGUACGGUUCUUCUAUACUGUCAUCAUUUCUUUGAUGUUCGGUACAAUCUGCUGGAGAUUUGGUUCUAAAAGGGGAACACAGCAGGAUAUCUUUAAUGCCAUGGGAUCCAUGUAUGCUGCAGUACUGUUUAUUGGCAUCACCAAUGCAACUGCUGUUCAGCCUGUGGUUUCAGUGGAGAGGCUGGUAUCAUACCGGGAAAGAGCAGCUGGAAUGUACUCUGCUCUGGCUUUCGCCUUUGCACAGGUGGCAAUUGAGUUCCCCUAUGUGCUUGUACAGACCCUGAUCUAUGGAACAAUUUUCUAUUCUUUGGCAUCAUUUGAAUGGGUGGCUGUGAAAUUUAUUUGGUACAUAUGCUUCAUGUAUUUCACCCUCCUCUACUUCACCUUCUUUGGCAUGAUGACAAUAGCAGUCACGCCCAACCAUAAUGUGGCCUCUAUCAUUGCGGCACCUUUCUAUAUGCUGUGGAACCUCUUCAGUGGGUUCAUGAUCCCUCAUAAGAGGAUACCUGGGUGGUGGAGAUGGUACUAUUGGGCAAACCCCAUUGCAUGGAGUCUUUAUGGGCUUUUGACAUCCCAAUAUGGUGACCUUGAGGAACGCAUAAUGCUAGCAGAUGGAAAGCGCACAAUGCCAUUAUCGCAUUUCCUCGAAGAGUACUUUGGAUUUGAGCAUCGGCUUCUUGAUGUGGCAGGGAUUGUUGUUGUUGGAUUUGCAGUGGUCUUCGCUGUGGUUUUCGCCUUCUCAAUCAAAUCCUUUAACUUCCAAAAGAGGUGAGAAAAUAUGUUCGGCUUGUCAAUAGGUAUUUUUAUUUAGUGAGAGAAAUGUUAAAAUGUUGUGUUUGAUAUGUCUUGGGACAAGAAAGUUGAGCAAUAAGUGAGUAAAAGCGCUCUUGUCUUGAGAUGCAUGUGGGUCUGUAGGUUGGUCUGAAUGGUUUCUUGAAUCGAUUUGUGCAUGAUGUUUCACGUGCUACUUCUCA